AUGCGUCCAUCAUCUCUGCUCGGCUUCCUUCCAGCCCAAGCAAUCAUUUCCGACCCCGCAUUAACGAUAAACAACAUCCCCUUUACUACUCGCGCCCACUGGAUGCGCCUUGCCAAUGCGGCCUUGAAAAUCUCUGGAUCACCGUGUCCUUUCGCGGCAUUUGGGACUGUGAUUGUAAAUCAUACAGAUACUAGUGGACUUGGCGAACUUGUAUGCAUGGGCACCAACCAAAAUAUGGCUACCGGAAAUCCGACGCUCCAUGGUACCUACCUACUCUUUAUCAUUCUGAAUGUCAAGUUCUUGCUGACCUGA